AUGGAGACAAAAGAAAUGAUGAUGACAACCAUGCUGAAAAUGGACGGAGGAGAAAAUGGGGGUGAGCAGGACAAAGGCAAGGUGAAGAAAGAGUUGGAGGGAGAGGCGGAAGCUUUGACACGGCAGGAGAAUGGUCGACUGAUGCUGGUGGAUGGGCUGGCGGAGAGGGGACCCAAGACUUUGACCUGUGGCCUCAGCCAGCAGGUUUCCAACGGCUUCCCUGCGGCCACCCCUCAAACUCCCAAGGAGGUGCUGGGGACCGGGGCUUGCUCAGGGUGUACGGCCGCUGGGUCCGGCGGUGGCAGUGCCGGUGGGUCCAUGCCACUCAGUGGCCUUAGGACUCUGGUGGUCCAGCAAACCAGUCUGGAGAGGCCCAGAGAGACUUGGAGUAAGAAGAUGGACUUCCUGCUCUCUGUCAUCGGCUACGCUGUGGACCUGGGCAACGUGUGGCGCUUCCCUUACAUUUGCUACCAGAAUGGAGGAGGUGCUUUUCUCCUGCCGUACCUGCUGAUGGCUUUGUUUGGGGGUGUGCCUCUCUUCUACAUGGAGCUGGCCCUGGGUCAGUUCCACCGCAGCGGCUGCAUCUCCAUUUGGAAAUACAUCUGCCCCCUUUUCAAAGGUAUAGGCUUUGCCAUCUGCAUCAUUGCCCUCUACAUAGCCUUCUACUACAACACCAUCAUGGCCUGGGCCUUGUACUACUUGCUAUCAUCAUUAGGGCCCAGCUUACCUUGGACAACCUGCUCCAACAGCUGGAACACACCCAACUGUUACCGCUACUUGUCCACUGACCGCAAUGUGUCCUGGUCCAACGCCUCCACCUCCCCCGCCGAGGAGUUCUAUACUCGCCAGGUGUUGCAGGUACACCGGUCCCCGGGCCUCCAUCAGCUUGGCUCCAUCAGCUGGCAGCUGGCCCUCUGCCUCCUCUUCAUUUUCACCAUUGUUUACUUCAGCAUCUGGAAGGGGGUCAAGACAUCCGGGAAAGUGGUGUGGGUGACUGCCACCUUUCCCUACCUGGUCCUCCUGGUGCUGCUCAUCCGUGGGGCCACUCUGCCAGGGGCCUGGAGGGGAGUGGUCUUCUACCUGAAACCCAACUGGGAGAAACUGCUCAGCACUACAGUGUGGAUUGACGCAGCGGCUCAGAUCUUCUUCUCGCUUGGUCCAGGGUUCGGCGUGCUCCUUGCAUUCGCCAGCUACAAUCCAUUACACAACAACUGCUACAAGGAUGCAUUGGUGACCAGCUCUGUAAACUGUCUGACAAGUUUUCUGUCUGGCUUCGUCAUCUUCACCGUGUUGGGCUACAUGGCUGAGAUGAGGGGGCAGGACGUGGAUGCUGUUGCUAAAGAUGCUGGUCCCAGUCUGCUGUUCAUUAUCUAUGCGGAGGCCAUAGCCAACAUGCCUGCUGCCACCUUCUUUGCCAUCAUCUUCUUCCUUAUGAUCAUCAUGCUGGGUCUGGAUAGCACGUUUGCAGGUCUGGAGGGUGUUAUCACAGCUAUGCUGGAUGAGUUCCCUAAUAUCCUGUCGAAGAGGAGAGAGUGGUUUGUCUUAGGCUUGGUGAUUGUCUGCUACCUGGGAGCACUCUCCACACUCACAUAUGGGGGUGCGUUCGUGGUGAAACUGUUUGAGGAGUAUGCCACAGGGCCGGCGGUCAUCACUGUGGUCCUGCUGGAAGUCAUCGCUGUCUCCUGGUUCUAUGGUACCAGUCGUUUCUGCAGUGACAUCCAACUCAUGCUUGGUUUCUACCCGGGCAUAUUCUGGAGAAUCUGCUGGGUGGCCAUCUGCCCUUGCUUCUUAUUGUUCAUUAUCAUCAGUUUCCUGGCCUUCACUCCAGAGGUCAGGUUGUUUAACUAUCACUACCCAGCCUGGACCACCACUCUGGGCUACUGCAUCGGUGUCUCCUCCUUUAUCUGCGUCCCAACUUACAUGGUCUACUACCUGCUCCAUGCUAAGGGUACAUUCAAACAGCGUCUUUUAAAGAGCAUCACUCCAGAGGCCAGCAACGAAGGAAACAGGGACCUCAUUGUCACAAACGCAGUCUGACCUCUAACCUUGACCUGAAAGGAUGGCGGCACUAUGACUAUGAGCGCCCUCCUCUGGACAUGCUACACAACUACAGGGCAAG